AUGCACUCUGGAAGCAUGCUAGCGAAGUCGUCUUCCGACGGGACCUACUCUCAAGAACAGGAGCGCCUCGUCGAGAUUGGCCGGGGACCUGCUCUCCGCACGCCAACCAUUCAUGGCGCGUUUCAGAACCGUGCCCGUCAAUUCCCUGCCGACAUAGCCAUCGACUCGGACGUCGAGCGCGUGACCUACCAGGAGCUUGAUGCUCGCAGUGAUAGCGUAGCUUCUGCAUUGAAGUUCCGUCAUUGGGAGGCUGUCUCUAAAGCGCCGGUCGCUUUGAUUGUCAACCGAUCAGCCGAGAUGGUGGUAGGCAUGCUUGCGCUUGCAAAAGCAGGCGCGACAUAUGUCCCGCUAUCCAACACAUUCCCGACCAAAAUGCUCGAAGAUGCGAUCGACAUCGCCGAAUCGAAGUUCGUCUUGACUACGCGAGCAGCGAAAGAUUCCGUACCGACGAGUUAUCAGGGAACAGUCCUCAUCAUCGAGGAUCUUCAGCGCGACGGCAAGAACGCGGCCCCAUUUGAUGCCAUCACCGAUUCCUCUGCCUCUCUCAUGCUCGUCUUCACGUCGGGGAGCACUGGCAAGCCAAAGGGUAUCGUUGUUCGACACAGCGGCAUCGCGCGUCUCUUCGACGAUAGCGUAUUUGAACACAUUAAGCGAGGCGUUCGUCUAUCCAACGUCGUCGCCAUCUCGUUCGAUGGAGGUCAAUCUGAAAUAUUGAUCGGUCUCGCACGAGGCGCUACCAUGGUGAUGCGCGCCAAUACAUACGAAGUGUUUGCCACCAUCGAUGUUCUUCAUACGACUCCCACCGGAUUGUCGCAGAUUAGGCCAGAGGAGUACCCGCAGAUUCAUACAGUGUAUGUUGGGUCGGAGCCGCUCCCUCCUUCCACCCUGAAGAUGUGGAGCUCAAGGCGUGUCAUUGAAUUAUACGGUCCCUCUGAGACAAGUUUCGUUGUCUGUGGAGGACAAGUCAGUACCACUGGAACGAUCACCGUCGGAUACCCUCUUACCGAAAGUCAGCUCGUGAUCCUCGAUGAAGACAUGAGAUUGAGUCCAUUGGGAGAAGUGGGAUUGUUGUACGUUGGUGGCUUGGCAGUCACUCCUGGGUACUGGAAAGCGCCGGAAGAGACGGCCAGGAAAUUCCGUGAAGUCCUUCCUGGGCAGGGGAUUAUGUACGCCACAGGGGAUCUGGCCCGAUGGACAGAAAACGGUACCUUGCAGAUUCUGGGACGCCAGGAUAAUCAAGUGAAGUACAAGGGAUACCGGGUUGAGCUCGAAGAAGUCGCUCUUGCCAUAUGCUCCGUCGAAGGGGUGUCGAACGCCGCAGUCAUUAUCAAAGAUGGCCUAUUGACCGGCUUUUACUCGAGUUUCUCCGGAGAAGCUUUACCACUUCGAGAGGCGUUACGAAACCUUCUCGCGGAAUACAUGAUUCCUGCAUUGCUGAUUCGUCUCGAUAACAUAACCGCGAAUAGCAACGGCAAAAUUGAUUUCAAGGCCUUAACCGACAUGGACAUCCCGCAGGCAGCGCGACACGAGAUAUUUUCGGACGACGAACAGUUGAUGGCGACGAUUUGGAGCGAGACUCUCAAUAUCAGUGCCAGGGCCAUAGGGAAAGCCCAGAGCUUCUUUGAGCUGGGAGGCGAUUCCUUGAGCGCUAUCAAGCUUUCGAUCGUUUCUGGGAAAUAUGGCAUGCCUGUCGCCGUCACGGAUGUGUACAAGGUUCCGAUCUUGAAGGAUUUGGCUCUCCUCGCCUCCAGCAAAACAUUGGCAGCCGGGAUGGAGGAGCCCAAGGCGCCGUGCACGGAAAGUGUUGAAAUCAAGGCUUUGGUGCACAACACCUUGACCGGCGUGGAUAUCCAGGAUAUCUUCCCAACAACCAAUCUGCAAGCGGCACUCUACAUGCUACAUGAGCGACGGAGCUCCAAGUAUGUAUCGAAUACUUGUUUCGGCUUGGAUCCGACGCUAGAGAUCUCCCCUGCGAGUAUCCGGGCUGCCUGGGAGCGACUGGUUGCAGCGAGAGACAUCCUGCGGACAACGUUUUGCAAAACAACGCAGGGAAUCUUCCAGGUCGUAUCUCCUGCUGCCCAACCCAAUAUCCACGAGCAUAGCCUUUCCGUCGGCGCUGAACUAGACCGGUUCCUUGAAGAGGACUGCCGUGCGGGCUUCGAUGCGGAUGAACUUUACUUGCAUCGCCUUGCCAUCAUUCGACAUCCAGGCGAUGGUCUGUCCGUGGUCAUCACAAUGCACCAUGCGCUUUACGAUGGCUGGACGCUCGAGAUUCUUUUCACGGAACUCUUCUCUGCAUUGCGAGGCGAGGCCCUUUGCGAAAGACCGUCUUUCCGCAAGUUUGUCGAUUACACAGCGCAAUUGCCCAAGGAGCCUGCCGAGCAAUAUUGGCGUGCGAAGCUUGAAAACGCUAAACAAGUGGAACGAUUGCAUUAUGCCGCCAAAACCUUGCAAGUCGCACCUUCCGCCAUUUUGCAGGUCGCCUGGGCUCUCGUUUUGCGACAGUCCCAACGUGUGGACGACGUGAUUUUUGGGAAUGUAAACUCUAAUCGACACCUUCCGAUUGCUGACGUCGACAAGAUUUGCGGAAUAUUAUUGACGACAUCGCCAAAGCGGAUUCAGCUUUUGGACGACCCUACCCUCUUCGGCCUCUGUCGGAAGGUGCACGACGAGGCCUCAGAGGAGCUCGAGCACUUCUUACCUAAUUUCAACGAACCCGGAGACAAAAUCUGGCUGAGGAGUCUCCACGGCGAUGAAUGCGAGUACGAAUUGACUCUCACCCUGCGAUUGGGAACAACUAUCGCCUGCGAAUUUGCACACGAUUCAGGCGUCAUGGAUGUGGCGCAUGUGAAGCACAUAGCAUCCGCUUGGGAAUCCGUCCUGAGGGAGGUCGUGGGAUGCAUCGCCAGCGGGCAGGACCUCUGCAUCUCAUCUAUUGAUGCUUGGCAGAAAGAAGAGGAACAGCGUAUUCUUCGCUUCUCGAGAGGCACUCAGCGCGCUCUACCUGAGGAAUUGCUGCACAAUGCCUUUGAGCGUCAUGCGGAGGCUCACCCGGACGAUAUUGCCGCGGAGUGCGAUCAUGAUAGUCUCACGUACGGUGAGAUGGAACAACGAGCUAACCAGCUCGCGAACAAACUCCAUCGGCUCGGUGUAGGCCCCGGGAGCAACGUCGCGAUCAUCACGAAACACAGCAUUAACAACGUGGUUGCGUGCCUGGCUGUUCUAAAAGCUGGUUGCGCAUAUGUGCCUGCCGAUGCCAAUCAUCCUUUGCAGAGGAUCGCGGCUCAGUUGGAGAGAGUCGCGAUUGCGGCGAUUCUUACCGAGGAAUAUCAUUCGGCCGUCGUUCCUGGCCUCGAGUGCCCGGUCAUUUUGAUCAGCGAGGAGCUCUCGAUGCCAGGCGAUGUUUCUCGUUUGCGGAUCGAUGGCAUCACAUCAAGUGAUAACGCAUGUGCACUGUUUACGUCUGGCACCACGGGCAUUCCGAAAUGUGUAUUCCUGAAGCAUCGAGGUUUGCAGAACAUUGUGGGCUGUACAAUCUUCGCGACCGGAAUAAAAAGGGGGGCGAAAGUUGGUCAGGUCAUGUCAGUGACAUUUGACGCCUGUGCUGGUGAAAUUUGGCCUGCCUUAUCAUACGGCGCUACGCUCAUCAUCCGUGGAAGGGAUAUCCGAUCGGUCAUACGCAAAGUAGACGUACUUGUCAUCACCCCGACGGUCCUGAGCGGAAUGAGGCAGAAGGAUUAUACCAAUUUGAAAAUGGUCAUAACCGGGGGAGAGACGAUGAAGGCGGCGAUUGUGCAAGAGUGGGCUGACAAGGUCCAGUUGGUCAAUAUUUAUGGUCCCACUGAACAUACGAUCUUUACGCACGCUGCGAUAAUGAAGAGCGACUUGCCAGUCUCCCUUGGGAUCCCCAUCGUCAACACGGAGGUGUUUUUAUUGGACUCCAAGCUACGCCCUGUGCCUAUCGGCGUCAGCGGGGAAAUCUAUCUCGCCGGAGUCGGGUUGUCUGAUGGCUACUAUGGCAAUCCCGAGAAGACCAAGGAGGCAUUCAUUGAGUUGAAUGGAAUCCCUAUGCACAAAACCGGCGAUCUCGGCCGUUGGAAUGACGACGGAACGCUCCACAUUAUUGGUCGCGCGGACCGGCGUGUGAAGCUCGGGGGGUACCGCAUCGAGCUCGACGAGGUUGCCCACGUACUGCAGCACACAUCCGGGGUCAGUGACGCUACGGUCGCUGUAUACGAUAAGACGAUUGUUGGCUUUGUGACUCCCAGCACUGUGGAUGUCGAGGCUGUGCGCGAGGAAGUUUCCAAGGUUCUACCAUACUACGCCGUCCCAACCGUCAUCUAUGCCUUCGACGCUUUCCCCCUCAGCUCUAAUAAGAAAGCCGACGUCAAGCAAUUGAUUGAGCUAGUUCAGUCCGCUCCUGCCGCGGUGGAGACCUAUCUGCAAGAAGAGCAGAGAAUGAGGGAACUUUGGGCACACCUCCUCGGCGUCGAUAUUGCCACGAUCACCAAGAAUACCAGUUGGUUCCAGUUGGGCGGAGAUUCGAUCAGCGCCGUGCGAGCAUCUAUCGCAGCCCGGCAAGCGGGUUUCAUGGUGGAGACCAACGACUUCUUUGUCAGUCCGACCCUCAGGAGGUUAGUUGCGGCAUGCAUGGCACGUUCUCAACGAGACAUUGGCAAUGAAGUGGCACAAGCUACUUCAACCAAACGUUCGCUUUUAUCGGAGGAGGAGCGACAAACCAUCUUCACACAAUUCGCCCAGCCUUGGGGAGUCGAAAUGUCGGAUGUCCUCGACAUCUACCCAACCACAUCUAUCCAGGAGGGUAUGCUGAUGAAGACCAUCCAAGAUCCUCGGGCUUUCUACGGCUUUUCCACAUGGUCGGUUGACGGUGGCCACCUAACACCGGCGCACGUGAGUUAUGCUUGGAAGACACUUUGCAACCACCAUGCGAUCCUUCGGACUCGCUUUGCUGCUACUGCGAGGAAAGUCUAUCACGUUGAGCUGAGGGAUGCCACAUCAUCCGAUGUCACCUUCUUCAACGUCGAAAUCUCUGACGAAGAGAUCCUCAAUCGCCUGAUCAGUAACUGCAGCAUCGAAUCAGGAAAGAUGUAUGCCUUAGCAGCAUGCGUUGGAGAAGGCGGCAACGUAGAGCGAAUCGUCAAGGUCAUACAUCACGCCCUUUACGACGGAUGGUCUAUGCAGAUUCUGGAGGACGAUUUCGCUACGGCCGUGAACAACGGGACGCUGCCUCCGUCCAACACCUUCCAGGACUUCCUGAUGGCCACCUCCACUCUGGAUCAAGACCGAACCGUCUCGUUUUGGAAGGAAGAGCUCUCCGGAAUGCACCCGAGUGAACCGUUCGAGGUUUCGAGCCCUUCGUCCCCAGAAGCUGGGUUCCCGGUGUUCCAAACUGCGCUCGCCGCCGUGUCGCCCCAGUCCUUGAGUCGGUUCUGCUGUGAUAUGGAAGUCACGAUUUCGAGUCUUUUCAAAGCGGCUUGGGCGUUGGUCUUGCGGCACUACUUGCGAACUGACGACGUUGUAUUUGGUGUCACGCAUUCCGGUCGUGACAUGUCUUCUGUUGAUACAGGAAGGAUGGUGGGUCCACUCCUCAACACUGUGCCUCAGAGAGUCACUCUGCACGACGAUAUGUCCGUCAGCGACAUCCUGUAUCGACUUCACAACUCCCGCUCCGCCUUUUCGGAAUUCGGUCACUUGGGAAUGAUUGAGAUCAAGCAAGCUGCUGGCCUGUCCGCCAAACAAGCGCUCUUUCACACUUUGCUCAUCGUACAAAAUUUCUCAGGGGUGACCCCCGAGAAGGAACGUGCCAUUCGCUUAACCAACGAAAAGUCCGGCGGCACAUUCAAUGAGUUCGCCAUGUCCAUGGCCAUCCAACUCCACACGACCGUCAACAUCGAGACCUCCUACGAUGGCCGGCUGUACAACGAAGCUGACGCUUCUGCGAUUCUCGAAACCUUCGAACAGUUUCUGGUCGCCAUGAUUUCGUCUGCCCCGACCGUGCUGCUACAGCUGGACCAGCAGGCCGACGCACUGGCCGCGACACUGAAACAAGAAGGCACUCUUUCCGGGGAUCGCAUCGCCCUCCUUGUCGCCUCAUCAACCGAAGCGAUCCUAGCCAGGCUGGCUGUCUUGAAAGCCGGGGCCGCCUACAUCGUCCUCGACGGUCAUUUACCACUUGUUCGCCUCAACACCCUCCUCGACACCAUCAAGGCUCCUAUCGUUCUUUACAUGGAGCAAUUCCGACAGAAGGCACAGGGCAUUCGGAGGAGGAAAGUCCUCUGCAUUUCAUCACCACAGACUUCCUUCGAGAACACAGAACCGAUACCCAUGUCACCUGCGCGGUCAUCCUCGGAAGCCGCGGCGUUCUUGCUGUUAGCUGAUGGAACGGCGACCAAUGGCAAGCCCAAGGUCGUGGAGGUCACGCAUCAGGCGGCGAUGAAUGUUCUGCAAAGGAACAUCUGGGGCGUGCCCAUCGAACCUGGAAUGCGUGUCAGCGCGAAUCUGAAGACAGGCACACGGAUGGCUGAGUGGGAACUCUGGACCUCUUUGAUCGCAGGUGCCUCGAGCAUACUAAGCAAGGAACAACAGCCCACAAGCUCUGUCGGGGAAGCAGUCGAUGUCCUAUGGGCCACCGGCUCGACGCUAGAUUGCUGGCACCCCGAAACACGCCAUCGCGGCAACAUCAAACUCCUCAUCAACGUAGAAGAUCCCAUGAAACCCGAAACCAAUCUCAAGCUCCAACCCAUCGUCGGUACCAUGCGAUUCGCGUUUGCAUCCGCCGAAUACGGGUUAGCCAUGGCAUCCGCCAUCCCCACUCCCAUACCGACGACAGACCCCACCACGGAUCCGGCGGCUGCAACAAAACCCUACCGCCUCAUCGGGCGCGCGAUCCCCAACAUGGCGUUCCAAAUCCUGGACCCUGACAUGCGACGCGUUCCCGUCGGGCGAACGGGUACCAUCUAUGUGCAUGGAGUGGGAGUGAGCGCCAAUGGGUAUCUGGGGCACCAGAGUUCGACGAAGGAAACGUUUGUGAGUUUACGAGAUGAGAGGGAUGGUGAGGGGAAAGGCAGAUGGGCGUUCAAGACGGCGUAUAAAGGAAGGUUCACCAGGGAUGGACGCGUUGAGCUUGUUUUCUAG